CCCAGCUACAAUAUAUCCUGGUUUGCAUUCACACUGUGUCUCUGGCUUUGUGUAGUUUUUGCCUCUUUCCUGAUUCCCCUCAGAAGCAUCAACUAACUUAGACACCUGUUGUUUCUAAGGUGGUCCAUCAGGCCCUCAAGCUCUCAGCUAGCCUAUACAAUAUCUCCUUUUUUCUUGUAAAACUGAAAGUGAGGCGGAAAGUACCCUCACAAAUACAUGAGGCAGUAAAAAGUUAAUAGUCUAGACAGUUGAAUUAGUGCCUGUAGCAACUAAUUUAUAAUCCAUUAAAAAUCAUUGAACCAGUUAAGAGUUACUGCUUGAGGGAGGUCAUUUGUAUUGCCUACAUUCACAUAAUGUAGGUUUAUUUCUGAGAAAUAAACACCAAGAGGCAUAGCUAAAAAAAUAAAAAGAAAACCAAACAAACAAACAAAACCCAACAACAACAACAAACCCAAAAAACCUAAACAAAACAAAAACAAACAAACAAAAACACACCUCAGAAUAAAGCAUAAAACCAAAAGCCCAGUUCUUUCAGAUAAAAAUCAAAUGUUUGUGGCCUAUAGUUGGUCUGUUACAUCCUUCCAGAGGAAGAGUACUGAAUGCUUUGUGUAGCCUUCUGCUACAGGAAAUUCAGUCCAUGGUGCCCGUGCUAGAAAUUAUGAAGCUAUUCACGUUGAACCUGAAAUUCAACCUUCUCUUUCAAUAUUUAUAGGUGAUACAAAAAGUUUUAAACUGAUCCAUAUUCUGUAUGUCUUCCAGACAAUUGAAAUGUUGAAAAUGUCACAAAACAAGAUGUUUGCAGCUCUGAAGUAUCACUCAACAGACUAUUUAUAUGAGAGCAUGGCAAGGCAGAAAUUUUCCAUCUGGAAAUUAUCACUUUGCUUUCCUCCCUGUUUGCAUCAAGAUGAAAAGUAUCAUCUCAAUGGACUCUUUGCUGACGAUAAGUAUAGGAAGCCAUGGACUAGAAUUGGUUCAACACAGAACAUGAUUGCUAUUUCAGUAUUGGAUCAAUGGAACAAAAGUUUACCUGUGGAGGAUUUCCUGGAAAAGAAACCUAUCUCCUCUGUAGAGUUUCAGACUAGUAAUGAUUUAAUAGAAGUUGUUCCAAGUUCAAACCCUUAUUCUCAGACCGACACAGAAGAAUGCUUUUUACUUACGAAGAAUGGUUUUAAGGAAGACUCCACCCAAGACAAAUAUUUGAAGAUUUACUAUGCCACUGAAUUUAAAGAACCACGGCAAGAUUUAUGUUUGGAAGAGGAGUUGGUUUUUAUUGAUAAUCUUGAAAGUUUCCGUAAAAGAUUGCCAACUUUAUCUAUACUUCUGAGCAGACUACAAUUUUUUUUAAUGAAAGACCCCCUUUUAGAUUCUGGAGGACAGACUUUAACAGCAGAGAACAUUUUCAGAGAAUGUUUGACUUUCCAAAAUGGAAAGAUGAAGAUGGAAGAGAGUCAAAAUGAACUGCAGGGGAUUAAAGAGAAUUUCUGUACUAUAUCUAUAAAAGAUGAAGAGUAUUUCCUGUUGCCUGUUGAGUUAGAAUUUGGCAAACCCAACAAUAGCAGAUCUGAUUGUGUUAAGAUUCCAUCAUACUUGCAACUAGAGGAGGUGUUAAAUUUAGCUCCAGUCACUGUAGAUGAUGAAGACCUUUGCAAUCAAGUGAUCAGAGAAGAUCUCAAAGCUGAAAUUGCAUACAAAAUAGAAAUUUCCAAGUACUGUGCCAUUCCACGAGAGGUUUGCUCCAGUAUUAACACAAGUAUGUUGGAGUUCUGUGAGUCAGCUGAAUAUAUUCCAUAUUUGAAAGAUGAAAUGGAAGUGCCUUUAACUCCUCCAUGCAGACAGCAAAGAUCAUGGGUUAAUUUUCCAUGCAGAGGACUUCAAGAAGAACCUAUUUGUCUCUCUGGUAACAGUAUUUUGAUCGCAGAGCCCUCUAGGGAAUUCUUAGAAUCUUUGGUAUGGCACUCUGAGAAGUAUCGGGAUAAUAUGAGCUCUCUUUUUCUUGUCGAGCUUCCAGCUGUUCACCUUACACAUCAGCAUCAUUCACUGACAGAACUGCAGGAAAAGCUACCAGUUGAGGUCGAAGCACCAAUGCUUGGCUCACUAGAGGAGGGCUGGUGGCUUCAUAGGGGCUUAAAUCUAGCAUCUGUAGAAAUUUUGGAACAAUUGAUUAUGGAUGGAAAUAAUGCCAACAGUUUGCUUCCUACAGAAGUAGAAACAUUCACACAAUUUACAUCGUAUCAAUUAGAAAGAUGGCUUGAAGAGAAGAAUUCUGUGACAAACCAAGAGCUGCUUUCUGCUGAAAGACAUCAGUCAGAGAAAGUUGUUAAUCCUGACUUGUCACUGCAGAUUCAAAGGCAGCACUUUGCUAUGAGUACUGCAUCAUCUGCCAAAAUUCACAGUACAAGUACAUCUGUGGAAGAGCUUAGUGGAGGAAGCAUAAGAAAGAGUAAGACAGAAGAGGCAAUUAGUUUCUUAAACCAAGAAAAGAAAACCCCCAAACCAUCUGAAUCAGACAGCUGUAAAGACAUGUCUUCUAAACUGGACAACUCAUCCUGUAGUGGAAAGCCUGCAUCACUUGCACUUGCUUCUGGAUGGGCCAACGAUGAUUCUGAUCUGAACAACUUUAUUAUGAUGAGAUCCAAACAUAGAAGCACCCAAAAAGAGGAAAAAUAUUGUGUAGAUAGACCUGAAAAAGUUGUGCAGCCUGAAAAGCAGCAUAUGUGUGUUCACAAAGAGGAUGAUUCUUUUUGUGAGACAGUAAAAACAGAGGAAAGAACCCAAGAGAAUGAAGACAGUAUCACUGUCAAUGUUCAACCAUCAGAAAGCCAAUGCCAGGCAUACUGCCUCUUGGAAGAAGCAGCCAUUCCUGUACUAAAAGAUUUGAAACAUCUGGGUGUACUUGCUUCUAUUACUUGGAGCUUUGACAAUGUUAAAUUUGAUCAGACAAGGUUUUUCUUAAAACAACAAGAGAAAGUGAUAUGUGAUAAUUUUAAACAAGGUAAAGUAGACGAGAAGGAGAUCAUGCUGUUCAAACAUGCUGCUCUGGUACACCUGCUGGUGACAGUGCGAGAUCUGCUACUAACAUGUGGCUUGGAUACAGCUCUAGGUUAUUUGUCCAAGGCAAAGGACAUCUAUAAAAAUAUUUUAGAAUCCUGUUUGAAUAACAUCUGGAGGCAGUUGAAGAUUGUACAGUACAGCAGCCAGAAAAAGCAUGAAACACAUCCCAAAAUAACAGCACUUCUGUGUGAAAUGUUAAAUUGGAUGAAAAGUUAUGGAGAGAAACACAGUGUUAAGGUACUAAUCAUUACAAGGAUGGACUCUGAAAGAGAAAAAGCUUCCUUCAUUCCCCCAUUGUCUAGGAUAGAAGGUUUGAAAGCUGUAGAUUUGAAUUCUGAGAAAAAAGGAAGCCCUUUAAGUUGUAAAGAGAUCAUAAGCAAUCUUAGUAGAUAUUCCUGCAUUAUUGUACACAAUCAGCAAAUUGGAGCUGACUUCCCUUGGACACACUUCUCAUUAGUAAUGGAAUAUGAUCAUUCUGAAAAUUCUGGCUGGAAAAAUCUGUGCAAAAAUCUGAACGUAACUUACAUGACUUUUAAAACCACCUUCCCUGAAACAAUACAAAUGGGGAAUCAUGGUGGUUCCUAUCUUCUGGAAGUACAGAUUCCAUAUGUGUUUCUGACAACUGAAGGUCUUCUUAAUAUGCCAGAUAUUCUUCAGCUUUUUGAAUCCAAGUACAGCAUUACCUUUGUUGAAAGAAGCAGUAGUUACUCCUUAAGGCUCUUUGGAAGUAUAGAGCGAUACGUUGUGUUGACAAUAGAUGCAUGUACUGCUGUCUUUUUGCAGAGUAUGGAAGAACUAAAUUAUGAGGACUCCUGUGACACUGUAAUAUCAAGGCUGAUGGCAUUAUCACUCCAAUAUAUGUGCUGUUGGAUUAUUUUCUAUUCCAGAGAAAGACUGAGUUUAGAGUACAGUCUCAAGGGAAAUACUCUGCUUAACCUUGUCUUAAUUUAUGCUACUCUAAUUGAACUUACACAGAAGUCAGAAGACUUUGAAGUGAAGGUAGUUCUUACGCCAGGGAUUGAAGAGACAGCACUGGUAAUUCGUCAGAUUGCUGACAACAUUUUGAUAGCAUCUAAUAUCAGUCCUCAUGAGUGGCUGGACAAAUCCUGGCUUUCUGUCUUGCCAUCUGAGACAGAGAAAUGCCUGCUUACUUUUCCAUGUAUCAAUCCUUUGGUUGCUCAGUUUAUGUUAAAGAAGGGAACUUCACUGAACAGGUUAUUUCUUGCAAGCUUUGAUCAACUCCAGGAACUUCUGCCAGAGGUUCCAAAAAAAGUUUUAAAGCAUUUCAGUGAUAUGAUAUCUUCAUACAGCCUAAAUACUGCUGCUCCUCUAGAAAAAGCUGUGAAAGGUGCACCACACCCAGAAAACCAGAAUAACUUCAACACGUUGUAUCUUGAUAAUAAACAAAAUUGUCAAAUCUUAGAGCUGCUUGAUAAGGCACAAAACAGCACAGGAACAUCUCAUUGGAGUUCUGAAGCUCUAAUUCCUCCACCGAAUCAUCCUAAGGGUUUUUUAAAGUCUGAUCUUCCAAGUUGUAUGCAAAUGAAAGCAUGCUCAUCAGAUGUAAUUACAAGGAGAAAGCCUGAUUUCUUUGCUGUAUCAAAAGACCAUGAAGAUUUUGCUCAUCUGGAAGUUAAAAAUUCUCUGCAUGUUCAAGGACAGCCUUUGAGAAUGUGUGAUAGCUCUGGUCAUUCGUCCAAAGACUCUGAAAUCAAAGAGGAUUUCCUUGCAACUUUGAUUGACUGUGGACCUCAGGAGAGCUCUAGGAGUUUUCUAGAAGAAUUUAUUAAAAGCACAGAAAUUCAAAUUGACCAGCCCCUGUGGAAUGACUCUUCAUCCACAGGCCCACAUAAUCCCUUUGCUCAUGAUAGUUUUCUCUCUGAUUUCUUUGAUGAUACGGAUGAGCUUCAAAAUCUGAAUUUUAACCAAAUAGGUGCAGCAUCUAAAGGAAAGAGAAAACAAAGGCCUCCAUUCUUAUGGACAAAAGAAAAAAUUAAAACAAAUUUUGGAUUUCCAGAAGUACCGGAGUUCAAAAAAAGGAGAUUGACAUAUGAAAGAGUCCCUGGAAGAAGAGAUGGACAAACACGUCUAAAAUUCUUUUGAACCGAAUGGGCAUUUGCAUGUUACAUUACUUCUUUUUUUCAUUCUUGAACUCUUUAAGGGGAAAUAAAUUAUUGUUGUUAGUUUUUAGAAAGAAAUUAGGAUUUGAAAAUUCUUACUAGCUCAGGAUUAUUCUGUAUGGUUUUAAAAUGUUGCUAAACAAACUAGUUUCUUGAAGCUGAAUAACUACUGCGUCUCUGUUGUCAUGGGUGAUAUAGACAUAGUUUAUCACUCUUUAUAUAAAAAAAAAUUAAUGGAAAAAACCAGAUGCCAAGCCUCCCCUGUGUUUGCUCCCUGAGCUUGCUGCUUUUCCAAUGUAAAGAUGAGCUAGAUCUGCCAAAAUCUCCAGGCUUCUCAGAGAUUUCUUGCAGUUACAGCUCUGACUUUUUGUAGCUGUCCCUUGGGCUCAGUUCCACUUCUCCUGACGGCUCCUUCAGGAACAAUGUGAUAAGUUUCUGAGCUCCUUUUAAUCCUAGUCUAGGAAAAAGCGCUUUGUUUUAUGGACAGGAUGCAAAGACUCUGUUGAAAUUUAACAUUCUCAUAGACUCGAUUCGGGGAACUAAGUUGUGACCCUCACCUUUUGCAUAACCUGCUGGAGGCCAUUUGUUAGCAUACGUGUUUUUCAGCCUUCUGCAGGGCAUUGGCAAGCAGGGGGAUGAAAGUCAUCAGGGAGGUAGAUCCAGAUAUUAUAGGGUACAACUAGAAAGGGUAAAAGAUUGAAUUAAAAAGAUCUAUCUCAAUUGUAUUCUUUAGAUUAGAUAGAAUAGUACCAAAACCCUCACUUUCCAUCAAAAGAUUUGGCAACAAAACUGGAAAUAUGUGUGGGAGCAAUGGUAGACAGUAACUCCAUUCUGCUGGAGGAAUGCAUAAACAGUUUGCACAGGCAUGCCAGCCAGCUCCAGAAUGUGUCUCUCUGUUCAGUGGUCUUCAGCUGAGAUAAUUCAGGUUUCAAACUCAAUAAUCUUUUUCAGUUUGAUGCAGUAAUAGAAAGGUGAGUGGAGCAAGGAAGUAAUAAAAGGAAAACCACCAAGUUUAAGGUUUAUGCUGGCACUUAAAUACUUCUUUGAUAUUAAGACUUCAUUAAACACAUAUUCACUAUCUGAGUAAAUGAAACCAGCACUUAGGGAAGAAAGAUUUGGUCUCUCAGAGAAAACAGAGUGCUGGUUUCUGAAUUCUUAAAAGCUAUGACAGCACUAACUGCAAUUUUAAUUCACAGUAAUAUACCUGAAUUAUUUCUACACUGAUUGCAAGAUUUGAGAAAAUACCUUUCACAAGUGGUAACAAAAAGAUUUCUCAUAAAAUUGCAAAUAAGGCACUGUUUCCUCGAAUAAGAAAAAGACAGAAAUAAAAGCUGCAGUUUGGUUAGUAUCCGUGGCCCAUUUUUGUGGUCACCUGACCUAACCAUUUUACUUCUUUUGCAUCACGGGUUAUGUUGUUCAGAACUAGCUCCAGAUUUCCAGAACCAGGAAUCUAUUUUUUUUAAAGUACAGCUCUACAAAGUCUCAGUCGCAGAUGACCACAGUUUGAGAAAAUUAUAGCUGCCAGUGCCAAGCUACAUAUUUAUGUUCUCCUCUUCCAGAGGCAAAGGCUGACAUGAGAACUUCCACAUGAACAGUUGUGAAAGCGUAGCAUAGAUAAUCUGUAGAUUAACUUCAAAAACAAAGGCAUGUUGUCUACAUUAAAUAAAAAUUUCAA